UCUGGAAAGUCUAUCAUAAUGGAGGAGUUUAAAUCGGCUAAUAGAACAGAGGACGUUCUUACCUGGAAUAGUGAACUUGCGAUGUCUUUGAUUCUCAUUGACGUGUUUCUUGGAAUAUACAUCGUUAUAGGUGUCUUGGGUAAUGUAAUGAUUAUAUACAUAUAUAAUGUCCGCCUGAACAUCAAGAUAGAUGAUCGAAUAUUCAUUCUGGCUCUUGCUGCAGUAGAUAUCGUUGUUUGCAUAACUGGACCUGCGUUCUCACUCACAAGAAACAUUCUUCCCGUUGCCUUUUAUGGAAACAUUACGUGCAAGAUUCUCUGGUUUUUCACUAAAGCCAUGAAUGCUGUCUCGGUGGAAUUGGUUCUUGUCAUCGGCGUGGAGAGAUAUUUGAAGAUAUGUCGGCCGUUUGGAAUGCAAAUGAACAACAAAGCGAAGAUUCUUGUACUAGUUUUAUCAGUAAUCAUUUGCUUCGUUGGCCAUGCUCCUAUUUUUUGGUUCUAUGACCAAAUACCUGUUCUCAACAUCCAGCGAAACAUUUCUGGAAGCAGGUGUGGGCGAAUACAUAGUACAGAUAAUUCUCUGAGUGAGACCGGUUACUUUUAUCUACUAAUAAUAUUUGUACUUGCUGUUGGAACACUAGGAUUGAUAAUUUUUCUUUACGUUUUGAUUGGUCGUCGCAUCUAUAGACGGAUACAACGCAACCGCAAUCGGUCGAUCUCAAAGCAAUCAUCGGAACCCGACCCAGCAUCUGAAGCUAUUUCCACAACUGAGAAUGACAAUUAUAGCUCAAAAGAAGCAAACAGCGGUCAUAAAUCUGUCGGGGCGUCGUCAAACAUGUCCGGGAAAUCAAGAAGACGGAAGUCAUCAUCGUCGGUGUCGGUGAGAAACUGGCGUCAAAAACAUCGCUAUUCUCUGAUGUUCCUCUUAAUCGCUGGGACGUGUGUUGUAACCUACACACCAACUCUAAUUGUGAACCUAGCCGUCAAUCUGGAUUCCGAGGAAUUCUGGAACUAUACAUCCCCAAACCUCCGACAAUUUUACCUGUAUCUUUUCCAGGUCUACAUUGUGAACCAUGUUGUAAACCCGUUUAUAUAUGGAUAUUUUGACAGUGCGUUCAGGACGGAAAUGAAGAAAUUAUUAUGCAAGAAAUGAUGAUGUUAUUCCACGAUAUUGCUCCAUGUAAUAGAUUAUUUUUGAAACAUUCAUGUUUUCAAUGAUCUCGUAAUAACUAUUGACAUGUAUUUCGAAAGCGAAAAUGUUUCUCAAGAUGAGUUUUCAUAAUUUCAACGUUCUUCGGUUCAUUUCAAUCAUGCAUUUCGAAAGCUAAAUUCUUAGUGAUAUUGUCUUUUCAAGUUGAUGAUGGUAAAAAGUCUAUCUCGUCUCAUCAUAUCAAUUUUUUUCGGAAUUUUCGUAAGUGGUGAUUUUUCCUUAACUAAAAGAUGAUGUUGCUUUUGUUUUAAACUUCUUGUGCUCGUUUUUAAUAUGAAAAUUUAAACAUGGCUCUAAUCACAUUUUGAGUUAGCAUCAUAGAGCCAUCACUAUUGUUUUAAACUGUUAUUACUAAAUAUUUAUAUAACUGUCGCACCUUUUAAAACCAUCUCGAUUUUCAUUAUUCAUUUUUCAUCAUAUCUUUGUGUUGAUAUUUUAAAAUGGGAAUGAUUUGUUUUUGUGGAUUAAAUGAAAUCAGUCAUAUAAAAUGUAUCAAAAACAAAAUCCACUCAUUUCCGUAAAGUAUUCUCAUAAAAUUCCGGAAUAACUGAACCUUUGAAAACAAUCUGUUGAAAAUAAAUACUUGAAUUUGCACCAUUUACACUUAAAUUUUGUAUUCUUUGAUACCUUGACAUAUAUGUGACACGACAAGACAACAACAACAACAACAACAAC